AUGUGCCACCAUGAAUCGGAUGUACGUCAUUUCGAGGCAGGAGGAUGCAUCUCGCCGCAGGAGCAGCAGGUCCCGCGAAGGCAAUGUUCUCUUCUGCCCUCAGGUAAUUUUCUGCAUACGAUCGUUGAUCGUUUGCCAAAGAGGAUGCGCCCAGAUUCAGGUCAUUUCUCAAACGCCGUCAUGUCCAUUCGUAAGUUCUCGGAACGACUAUCGUUCAGCUCCCAGGUGUUGCCGGCAGUCGAAGUCUUUGACAUCAGGUUCGACAAUGCCGAUGGCGUCUACUACGCAGGCGAGAAGGUGAUAGGCUGCGUGGUGUUGCAGCUGAACGAGGAGCAGAAGAUCUCAGAGGUGCUGCUGGAACUCAAGGGCGGGGCGAAAACCUACUGGACGAAGCAUUCGGGCAAGUCCAGGAAGCACUACCGAGACUCUGAGCCGUACUUCUGUGAACAGUUCAACACCGCCUAUACGCACGCGUUCGGCGGUGCUAAGGACCGUUCGUUGCCCAAGGGCCGCCAUGACAUCCCGUUCACCUACCAGCUACCUGACAACCUACCCUCCUCCUUCGAAGGCGACUUCGGCUACGUCAGGUAUGUAUUCAGUACUUGUUGA